AAGAGCACAUCUUUAAGACACUGCAUAUUUUUGUGCUUGUGUAACUUAAUGAGGUUUUCUUAAAUCUUCUGAAUUGGCACAUAAUUUUACAAAAACAAAAUGUCAAGCAUGACCUCAUUGUAAUAAAUACCCAAUCAACGUGGAAGCAUAUCAGCAAUCCUUAUUAUGCAGUCACGGAGAAAAUCAGACCGACAAUGUCGAAAUUCAAGAGCGUUACAUCAAAAGGCAUUGAUUACAGCGCAUGGGAUCAUAUUGAAAUCUCAGAUGAUGAAGAUGAUACACAUCCUAAUAUUGACACUCCUAGCUUGUUCAGAUGGCGACAUCAGGCCAGGUUAGAGAAGAUGGCAGAGUUGGAGAAAGAAAAACAAACUGUUGAAAAAGAAUAUCAGAGACGUGAGCAGAAGAAAGCAGAAAUUCAGAAGAAGCUGCGUGAAGCCGAGGAGUCCAAUGCUGUGGCAGAAGACCUCAGUAAGUUGAAAUUAGAACUGUCAGAAUUAGAGAAGCAAGAAGCUGAAUGGAAAAAGAAAGAAGCUGAAAUUGCUAAGAAAGAGAAAGAAACUCCAUGGAAUAUUGAUACAAUUUGCCAUGAUGGAAAAUCUAAAACUGUUAUCAACAAGUCAACACCAGCCAAAAAAGAAGUCUUGACAGAUGAAGAGAGAUCAAAACGCCAAACAGAAUUCACAAAACAGAAUGAAAAACUCUUGAAAAAAUUUGGAAUGUUUAGAAGAUAUGAGGAUUCUGAGCAGUUUUUGUUGGAACAUCCUUUCUUGGUGUGUGAAGAAACAGCUAAUUACUUAGUAUUGUGGUGCAUCAACUUGGAAGUUGAAGAGAAAAGAGACCUGAUGAACCAUGUAUCUCAUCAGACAAUUGUUAUGCAGUUUAUUCUGGAAUUGGCCAAGCAGUUGGAUCGUGAUCCCAAGUCUUGUGUUAGACCCUUCUUCUCAAGGAUCAAGCUGGCAGAGAAACAGUCCGUGGAGGCAGAAAGACAAUAUAUGGCAGCUUUUAAUGAUGAAUUGGAGUCUUUUAAAGAACGUGUCCGUGAGAGAGCACAAGCAAGAAUUGAAGCAGCAAUGAAAGAGGUGGAAAUGGAGGAAAGGCAAGCUCGCUUGGGACCAGGAGGAUUAGAUCCAGUAGAAGUAUUUGAGUCAUUGCCAAAAGCCCUGCAGGAAUGUUUUGAAAGUAAAGAUAUAGCAUUACUGCAAAAGACUGUUAUGGAAAUGCCGAAAGAAGAGGCAGAAUAUCACAUUAAACGCUGUGUAGAUUCGGGGCUCUGGGUGCCCGAUGCCAAGAAAGCAGAAGGCCAGGAGGCAGAGGGUGCUGAGGCAGCAGUUUAAGAGAAAAGUGACAAAAUACAAAUAUUAUUUCAAAAUAUUUUCAAUCAGUUAAUAUAUGUAAUAUAACAUAAAUCAUCCAGCUGCUAGAUACAGCAGUUUUAAACUGGUGAUUCUGCUAGUGGCACCAAUAUUGAAUGACUUAAUACAAGACUUCAAAUUUCUGAGAAUUUAACCUUACUAAAUCCAUUUAUAUGCUUCUCACAUAUGCUGCUUUUGAAUGCAACAGUGAUAUGAUAAUUGUACAGGUUUCAUUGGUUAUUCAUAAAAAUUCAGUCUUGA